UUUUUUUGUUUAUGGAUUCCAUGUUGUAUGGUUUUCACCAACCGUGUUUUCUUUGCAGUGCCGACAAAAGACCAUGGAUAUUAUGGCACAUUGCAAUAAUAUGAAAAAAGAUAAACAAUGCACGAUCCAGUACUGCCAUAAGUGUUUGUUGAAUAGGUAUGGCGAGAAAGCAGAAGAGGUGUCGGUUGUAGAGGAUUGGUUUUGUCCUAAGUGCAGAGACAAUUGUAAUUGUAGUUUUUGCAUGAAGAAAAGGGGGCACAAACCUACUGGUAUACUCGUGCACACCUCUAAGUCAAUUGGUUUUUCUUCUGUUUCGGAGAUGCUUCUAGCCCGAGGUUCCGAUUAUCAGUCAGGAAAGGUAAUUUUUCGUGUUCAUGUUUUUUCUCCCUCUAUUAUAUAAAAGUUGACCUUACAAAAAAACAUAUUAUUUCUGUUUUU